AAGUGUUGUUAAGUGGAAUAAAGUAGAGAAGAAAAAAGUAGUAGUUGAAUAUUUUAAUGAAGAGAGAUGAGGAGAGGGUUAUUUCCAAAAUAGGAAAGUGACCAUCUUGAUUGGGACAAGCAAAAAAGGAAAGGUGGCCAUCUUGAAUGGGACGGAGGGAGUAGUUGAUUAGGAACAGAUUGUGCAUUGGAUACAGGAAACUAGAAAAGCUUUUAACUUUACUAGCUUUUGCUUAAUGCAAAUCGUGAUUAAGAGAGAUGUCAUCGAGAAGGAUCAACAAUUAAAAUGUGCAUUUCACCUGAGAGAUUGGCUAGGAUGAUGGCAUUAGGUUUAUAGAAGAAAAAUAUCUAGAUUCGUACCAUUUUGUGCAAUAUGGGUUCACGAAAGCUCUGAUUUGCGUGAACAUUUUUAUACAUUCUUUGCUUACGAAACAUGAUUGGGAAAUACCUGAAAUGUGAGCCAUUUAUGUCUAAUGCUUUUCUCCCUUUAUUCAAAAAUCAUUCAGAGGAAAGAAAGUACAUAAUGGUUAGUUUGGGUUUCCCUUGGAGUAUCAAUUUGCCUUUUCCAGUUUCUUUGCUUGGAAUCUGUAAGAAAAGUAUUUGGAAGUCUUUUCUUUUCAGAUGGAGGCUACAAUAAACUUUCUCAUGGUCUCUGAACGAGAGUGUUUUAUUACGAUAUGAUUUUGGAUAUGCUGGUCAUUCCAUAUAAUUUAGCAGGUUUCAAUGCUAUCUUGUUUGAAGACACUGCCACCGCCAUCAACAACCAGUUAUUUUUCAUCCCCUGCUACACAAGGUGAUUCGGUUGAGAAUACCCCAACGUCAAGUGCUCAAACCGGUCAUAUUGACCUGACUCGAGAAUAUACUAUUGCAGUCCAAACAAGUUCUUAUGGUGAGAUUCGCAGAACAUUUGACCAAGAUAGCUCUUUUGACCAAACCGUAGUUAGCGGACAUUUGGAGGGAAUUGAGGGAAAUCAGUUGUUGGAACAAGUUCUUCAACCAAGCCGUGAGUGUGUUCAAGAGACACUUUCCAUUAUUACACCCAGCCCGCUUACUGAUCUUGUUGCUACGUACUUCGAACAUAGCGAGCAAACUUCUCGUUUAUGCUUCCUUCUCUACCAGAAAGUCAUCCAGGCUCGCUUGGCGUAUGCUCCUAUACACCAUCUUCUUGAGGACCUUCCUCUGGAGUUUGAUUCCGACUCAUAUUCCCUCUCUGAUUCCCAGUGCAACUUGGCAUAUAAUGUCUUUCUCCAGUUUGACUGUCUUGAAAAUCCCUUUCUCUCUCAUGCUUCUCAGAACUUCGAUAAUAUGCGCCAGCGCUUCUCCCAGCUCACUCAUGAACUUGACCAUCAUCCAGUAAAGCCAAGGUCAAGGGUCCAUCUCCCACACUAUUGUUCAGCAGGAUCUGCCUUGUGUUUGAUUGCAGCGGCUGUUGGUGUGGCCAUAACAGCCGUAGCAAUAGCUACCCAUGCUCUAGUUGCCCUUGCCGGAAGUCCUUUAUGUUUCGCUCUUUUCCCUUCCAAUAUGAUCAAGAAAGAAAGGGGUAGCCUUGUUCAGGUUGAUGAGGCUUCAAGAAGUGCUUAUGUAUUGCUGAGAGAUCUAGACACCAUUGAUCGCCUGGUGGCCCAUCUACAUGGAGAUGUUGAAAACGACAAGUUCUCUAUCCGUCAUGCAUUGGAGAGGGACAUCGACAAGUAUCUCAUUCAGGAGGUUCUGAAACAGCUCCGGAGAAAUCGGCCAAGCUUUAUGGAACGGCUUGCUUAUCUCGAGGACAAUUUGUUUCUAUGUUUUGCUGCAAUAAACCGGACCAGAGCACGUGUUCUUGAAAAGAUCCAUCCGCAAGAAUCAUAAAACAUGUCUGUGAAGAUUUUCGUGACACCACUACACGCGCAUGCACAAUGGCCCUAGUAUUGGUGUCUGCCAACUACACAGGGUUUUACACUAAAGUUCUUGUGGUGUGUCAAGAGCCAGACUCUUGAUAUCUCUACGUAUUAAGUUGAAGGCAGAACUCUUUGGACGCGAUGAUGGAAUAUCCGCUUAUGAUAUUCUACUGUGUAUGGCAGCCGUUUCACCUGCAGGAUUUUGAUUACGAAACUUAUAUGAACCUAUUCUGUCAACAUGAUGCAGCUCAACUAGGUUGAAAGAAUGCUGAUAUGGUUAAUACAGGAAAAGGCAUUCUUUGGACUUCCCCUUUCAAAGGUGUGCUUUGUCAAUUAUGCAAAUAACAUAUUCAACACAAGUUAUGUAACAUUCCUUAAUAAGUAGCUUAGACUUCACUGUUGGCCUUUUUUUCUAGCAUAGGUCUGAAAUUAUAGUUGGAGACUUUGAUUCGAAAUUAGUGGUUAAAGUUUGUAUUUGAGUCCA